CCACAUUUUAGUCAAUAAUAUUUAGCUCUCCUCUUUCUUUCUUCUUCCUAUAAUCUUGUCUUCUCCAAUUUCAUUCUUUAUAUAAACAUCUUUAAAAAAAACACCAUUUCUCUGUUUCUCACAAACAGAAACCAGCAAAAAAAGUUUAAUUAAAAAUGGAAGUUAUGAUUCCAUUUAACGAUAUGGAUAAUUUCGAUUUCAAUAGUGCAAGAUCAACCCCAUUUACUAGUCCACCAUCAACACCAAAGCCCUUUAAUGGAGAUUUUUACUUCAGUGCUCCUCCAAGCCCAACUCAUCUCUCCCAAUUUUAUAGCGAAUUUGAAAGUUUAUUCGUUGCUGAAGCUGAUGAUAAGGCUGAAAUUACUAGCCAUGUUGAUGAGUUUGCUUUCGAUGUUAGUCAAGAAUUGGAAAUUGGCUCUGUUUCAGCUGAAGAAUUGUUUGAUGGUGGUAUGAUUAAACCAUCCCCUGUUUUACAAAUUCAAAAGAAAAACAGAGUAGGAGUUUCUGCGAAAAACAAAAAAGUUCAACAAACAGAGUAUUCAAGAAAAAGUAGUAUAACAGAGAGAGAAAGCAGGGGAAAACAGAGAGGUUCGUCGAAUGGGUUGUCGAAUUCGUCGAGCAGAAGAUCAACAAGGUCACUUUCACCUAUGAGAAUUUCACAGUAUUCAUGGGAAGAAGAAGAAGAUGAAGAAAUGAAAAAUCAAUCUUCGAAAUCGAAUGCGUCUACAUGUUCAAUUUUGUCCUCAUCAUCAUCUAAAGGAAGUAAAAAAUGGAGAUUCAAAGAUUUUUUCUUGUUUAGGAGUGCAUCAGAAGGAAGAGCAUCAGAUAAAGAUCCAUUGAAGAAAUAUACAGUUGCUGGUUGCAGAGAAGGAAAAAGUUCGAGCUCUCGGGGAAAUGAAAGCUCUGUUUCUUCUCCAUCAUCAUCAAAAUCAAUUGUUAGCACAAAAAAGGGAAAAGUUUCAGCUCAUGAAUUGCAUUACACAGUAAACAGAGCACUUUCAUCAGAUUUGAAAAAGAAGACUUUUUUGCCUUAUAAACAGGGCAUUUUGGGGCAAUUGGCUUUUAAUCCUGCUGUUCAUGCAUUGGCUAAUGGCUUUGGAUUAUCAAGAAAAUAAUUUUUUUGAUAUUCAAUGUUCGAGCGGUGAAAUCAAUCACUCAAGUCUCGAUUAGGUGAGUUGCGACUUUUUUCAGAACCUAUCAAAACACGAAAUGUUUCGAAUCUCAAGGAGUGAGGUGAGGUGCAACCGUUUCCAAAACCUAGCAGCACACGAAAUAUUUCGUACACAAAACUUUGUUAUUAAUUCCAUUUGUUCUUUUCUCUUCUUUUUUUUGUAUAGACAAUAGCUGUCUUAUAUUUUCUUUUUUUUCUUGGUUUAUGUAAUGUUAGUUAUUUUGUUUAUGAGUAAAAGGAGUGGUUAUUGUCAAAAAAAAAAAUAGUGACACAUAUCCAUAUUCCUAUGUAAGUUUUACUUUGGUAAGCUAGAUUAGAUGAAUAAUUCCUUUUU